AUGGAUUCUGACGAGAUUCUCCCGGAUCCUGCUCCCAACGUAGAGGAGAAUAUCGAUGAGACAUAUCCCAACCGACCGCGCAACCGCAACCCAACGUUACCAUUCCACGAGCUAUACAAGAACCUCUUCGACCCACUGAGCCAGAUAAAGAAGAAGCCGCCCGGUCCAAACCCAGGACUAGCAAGACGGAAGGCCGGUCCCCAUGGCAAGGCCGCCACAAGUUUGAACCCAUUCGAGCUCCGCCGCGAUGUCAUCACUCGAUUCAUCUCACGCUGGAGGCAGGAAGUGGGGGACGAUAUUUAUCCCGCCUUCCGUCUGAUCCUGCCCGAUAAAGAUCGCGACCGUCCAAUGUACGGGAUGAAGGAGAAGGCGAUUGGCAAAAUGCUCGUCAAGAUUUUGAAAAUCACCAAGGAAUCUGAAGACGGCCACAACCUGCUGAAUUGGAAACUGCCUGGUCAAUCCGCAGCGUCACGCAUGGCUGGUGAUUUUGCUGGGAGAUGCUUUGACGUCCUUUCAAAGCGACCCAUGCGUACAGAUCCUGGGGACAUGUCGAUCGAAGAAGUCAAUGACAAGCUGGAUAAGCUAUCUGCCGCCACCAAAGAGGAUCAGCAAGCGCCUAUCUUUGCCGAGUUCUACCGGCGCAUGAAUCCCGAAGAGCUGACAUGGCUCAUUCGAAUCAUCCUUCGUCAGAUGAGAGUCGGGGCGACCGAGCGUACAUUUUUUGAUGUCUGGCAUCCCGAUGCCGAAAAUCUAUACAGCAUCUCUAGCAGCCUACGGAGGGUAUGCUGGGAGCUAUAUGACCCCAAUAUUCGACUCGAUGCGGAUAACCGUGGGAUCGGGCUCAUGCAAUGCUUUCAGCCCCAGUUGGCUCAGUUCCAGAUGCACUCGUUUGACAAAAUGAUUUCCCGAAUGCGUACCACAGAGGAAGACCCUGUAUUCUGGAUCGAGGAGAAACUAGACGGAGAACGGAUGCAACUGCACAUGGCCCCUGAUAGCUCGGUUCCGGGUGGGCGCAAGUUCGCGUUCUGGUCUAGGAAGGCGAAAGAUUACACCUACCUCUACGGGAAUGGCAUUCACGAUGAGCAUGGCGCUCUGACUAGGCACCUCGAGAAUGCGUUCGUGGAUGGUGUACAAAGUCUUAUCUUGGAUGGCGAGAUGAUCACUUGGGAUCCAGAGCAAGAUGCCAUAGUCCCGUUUGGCACACUCAAGACGGCCGCUCUAGCUGAACAGCGGAAUCCCUUUUCCAAGGGACCUCGGCCCUUGUUUCGUGUCUUCGAUAUGUUGUAUCUCAACGGAACCGAUUUAACUCGAUACACCCUUCGUGACCGUCGCAAUGCGCUAGCGAGAACCAUCAAACCUGUGCACCGUCGUUUCGAGAUCCACCCAUAUGAGGAGGCGACAUCCACUGCAGAAAUUGAAGCAUGCCUGCGUAAGGUCGUUGCCGAGGCCUCUGAGGGUCUGGUAUUGAAGAACCCGCGAUCCCCUUAUCGCUUGAAUGAGCGUCAUGAUGAUUGGAUGAAAGUCAAGCCUGAAUAUAUGGCCGAGUUUGGUGAAUCCCUUGAUCUGACCAUCAUCGGGGGCUAUUACGGCUCAGGGCACCGUGGCGGUGCUCUUUCAAGCUUUCUCUGUGGGCUCCGUGUAGACAACAAUUCCUCUCGGGGGUCGUCUUCUGAGAAGUUUUGGUCUUUUUGCAAAGUCGGGGGAGGUAUGACUGCCGCGGAUUAUCAGGAGAUUCGCCAUCAUACAGACGAGAAAUGGAACAAAUGGGACGCAAAAAAGCCACCAACUUCUUACAUUGAGUUGGCUGGUGGAGACCUCCAGUGCGAGCGUCCGGAUAUGUGGAUCAAACCAUCUGAUUCGAUCGUUGUAUGCGUCAAAGCGGCCUCUGUUGCAACCAGUUCCGAAUUCCGUAUGGGACUGACGCUUCGUUUCCCGCGUUUCAAGAAGCUACGCAAGGAUAAGAAUUGGAAGACAGCCUUGUCAGUUCAGGAAUUUUUAGACCUGAAGGCAAAUGCUGAGCAAGAGCAUCGAGAAAAGGAAUUCUCUGUCGACAAUUCCCGGAGGAAGCGUGUCAAAAGGGCGGGCAAGAAGCCUAUGGCUAUCGCUGGCUAUGAUGAGAAUGAGGAAGUGCAAUACAUCGGGCCUUCUGGCCACAUCUUUGACCAUCUCAACUUCUUCAUUAUGACAGAUUCCAGCGAUCCUGUAAAGAGAUCUAAAGGCGAACUAGAGCAGUUGGUCAAGGCGAAUGGGGGCAAAAUUUUCCAGUCAAGCACUGCUGCGUCCGACAUUAUCUGCAUUGCCGAACGCAAAACCGUUAAGGUGGCAUCGUUACAAAAGCAUGGGGAGGAUAAUAUCAUCAAGCCCUGCUGGUUGACGGACUGUGUCGAUCAGAAUGAAAAAGAUGCGGGGCUUCCGGAUCUACUACUUCCAUUCGAACCUAGGCAUAUGUUUUACACCGUUGAAGGUCGAGAAGACGAAAUACGGAUGAACGUGGAUCAAUUUUCCGACAGUUUUGCCCGAGAUACCAACGUAGAUGAACUCAAAAAGAUCUUCAGUCGGAUGCGAAGUGAAGGUAAUGACACCAUCGGCGGCGACGCUCUUCGCAGAAUCGAGGAGCAGAUUCAAGAACGGGUCAAUUCGGGGUACACGGUGCCCUGCGGAUGGCUUUUCCGCGGGUUGACAUUAUUCUUCUAUCAAAUACAUCUGGAUGAUACCCCUCUUGCGCUCGCUCGAGACACCAGUAAAUUUGCAGGAGCCGGUAUUUCAGACGAGAUGGAAAGCCCCGACGUUACUCAUAUCAUUGUCGAUCAGGAACGUCUAACUCCCAGUGACUUGAGCUCCCUGAGAGGAUCUCUAUCAACCCGGGCAGGCAGAAUGCCGCACCUGGUCAGUUUGGAGUGGGUGAAGGACAGCUGGAGUAACAAAACAUUACUGGAUGAAGAAAGGUACACGCCUCGGCGGUCACUUGUGUGA